GAGCUGCUGCGGAUUUUCGCGAGAUUUGGACUGACUCUGUGUGACGAAACUUUGUUUUGUACAUUGUGUGUUUGUGGUAAUCAUCAUUAAGUACCCGACAAGUUUUCGACAAACAGUUUGGAGUAGCUUACUCUCCCGUUCUAGCGCAAGUUGUGAAGCUAAUCAAGGCUCCAUUAUCCAGCGUGCAAAGGAGAAGAUGGCCUAAAUAAAAUGAGUAGCGCGAUUGCGAAUUGCCUUCUCGCUAAAACUCAUCACGAUCGCGAAAUCCAUCCUCGCUAGUCUCAACUAACGAAACGAUCAAGCGUACGGGAGCAAGAGAAGCGCAUUGCCACGUGGCUUUGGUUUCGCGGCUGCAGUGCACGUUACGUAUGCCAUAUGAGACCAGAAUGUAUAGUUCAACGAUAACGCAAGUGGAGCAAGCGAGCGACAAUGAUUUUGAGGAAGAUGACAUGCCGUCUGCUUUACCGUGUCACGAGGACGGAGAACAGCCCUUCAUUUGGAGGAACAUUUUAGGACUAGCAGUUUUACAUGUCCUUGCCGUCUCCAACUUCAUUCUCUAUUACGAUCAAGGAAAGCUCAACACUUGGAUCUUUACUAUUAUUUGGGGACUAACUGCCGGGCUUGGCAUUACGGCUGGAGCUCAUCGUUUAUGGGCACAUCGCAGUUACGCGGCCAAACUACCGCUUCGAAUAUUCUUGGCUGUUUUGUUCUGUAUGGCCGGCAUGACACACUUCCACAAGUGGAUAAGGGAUCACAGGACGCACCACAAGUACACGGAAACCUCAGCCGAUCCACACAACGCUAAUCGCGGCUUCUUUUUCUCGCACGUCGGUUGGCUCAUGAUGAAACGGCACCCGGCGGUCAAGAUGUACGGCAGUAAAAUCGAUAUGAGCGACAUCGAGGCUGAUCCUGUUAUACGAUUUUUCGAUAAGUACUACGAGCUGAUCAUGUGCUCGCUGACGUUCGUCAUGCCAACGUUGAUCCCAGUGUACGGAUGGAACGAGACUUGGUACGUAGCCAUCCAUGCGGUCAUCAUACGCUACGUCUGGCUGCUCAACGCAACCUUCCUCGUCAAUAGUUUCGCUCACAUGUGGGGCAAUCGACCUUACAACAGAAACAUAAAGCCGACGGAGAACGGCACUGUGUCGUUCUUCACUUUGGGCGAGGGUUGGCACAACUACCACCACUCCUUUCCCUGGGACUACAAAGCGGCCGAGUUGCCGGGCUACGGCUUAAAUCCCAGCACUGCAUUCAUCGAGACAAUGGCUUUCUUGGGCCUCGCCUACGACCUCAAGACUCCAAGUCGAGAGCUCGUCGAGAAAGUCAGCAUCAACAAAGGCGACGGUUCCGCGAGCAACUGGGGCUUAGAUCAUCAUCAACCUAACAAAAAACAAUGAGCAUUUUUUCCGUGUAGCGAUCAGUGGACGGAUGGAUGUCAUGCAAAAUAAAAGUAACGAAAAUCGCCGGUCGUUUGUUCGUUUGUCCUGGUUUCUUCGCGUAUGUACACGCUUUCCGUUCGAACGAGCGUAAACAUCCAGUCCCUUUUGUCUGUGUAUAUGUAUGUCGGGGAAAAAGCCGCUCGCGAAUACUUUGCGACUCGUCAUAGCGUAAAUCUCGUUUUAUCUGUUUCGCCGGCAAACAACAAACGAGAGAAAAAUCAACUCAAAUAAAAGCGACAUUACGUG